GCUGGAAACCAUGUCUCACUACACAGACGAACCAAGAUUUACCAUAGAGCAGAUAGACCUCCUCCAACGCCUGAGACGCACAGGAAUGACCAGACAUGAGAUCCUCCACGCUCUGGAAACCUUGGAUCGUCUUGACCAAGAGCAUAGCGACAAAUUCGGCAGAAGGUCUAGCUACGGAGGUGGUUCCUACAGCAACAGCACCAACAACGUCCCAGCAUCUUCCUCUACGGCCACAGCUUCCACGCAGACCCAGCAUUCUGGGAUGUCCCCAUCCCCGAGCAACAGUUACGACACCUCCCCCCAGCCUUGCACUACUAAUCAGAACGGGAGGGAGAGUAACGAGAGGUUGUCCGCCUUCAACGGGAAGAUGUCGCCCACCCGCUACCCGCUGGCCAACAGCUUGGCCCAGAGGUCGUACAGCUUUGAGGCUUCUGAAGAGGACUUGGACAUCGACGACAAAGUGGAGGAGCUGAUGAGGAGGGACAGCAGUGUGAUAAAGGAGGAAAUCAAAGCCUUCCUAGCCAAUCGGAGGAUUUCCCAGGCAGUUGUUGCACAGGUAACAGGGAUCAGUCAGAGCCGGAUCUCCCAUUGGCUGUUGCAGCAGGGGUCGGACCUGAGUGAACAAAAGAAAAGGGCAUUUUACAGAUGGUACCAGCUUGAGAAGACAAAUCCUG